ACGACGACUUCGCGUGCCGGCGACGAGUAGACACGAUAAUAAAUGCACCGUCAACGCCACGGCGUCUCUAUUCCGGACGCGUGAUCGACGCUCGUCGCGAGGACGACGAUGACGACGACGAUGAUGGCAUUUUAACUACGUAUUAUUAUUGGUAGUUUUUUGCAACUAAACUGUUGUUGUAAUAAUAAUUAUUAUCGUUUCACGUCCGAUAACCGCUACUGUGUGUACUACAAUAAUAAUAAUAUAAACACCGUCGUCGGCGGGAAAUGAUCGACGACGGCGUUCGAUUUCGUUUGCGCGCCAAAAUCGCGGCAGCCGUCAAAGUCGUCGCCGUCUCCGUACAGGUACCACCUCCUCUGUAAAAGUAUCUGUUGACCGCUACACCGUUUUGUACAUUCACAUUCUGUCCACGUGUUUUAGUCGAUGAUUUUUUCACCGGCAAACGCCGCCAUGGAUUCGGUGACGUCGAUCGGCAAUAACCGGGACGGAGACGGUUUCCGGAAAAAGUACGGUCCCAAGUCGACCGACUCGUUGACCUUCUCUAUUGCCCGGAUCAUGGAACCGGACGUCCGGAAACAGCCCAACGCACCAGCGGCCGACUAUUUCCACGCACUUGAAUCGGCGUUUAAAAAAUAUGUGCCGACGUUCAGGUCCAAUCCACUGCAAUCCACGCACUGCGCUACCACCGCCAACGACGGAAGGACACCGCUCACGGUCAACAAUAACGACCGUUAUCUGUCGACGACGAUGACGACAACGACGACGGCCGUACAGCUGUUUCACUAUCAACAACACCCCAAGCUGCCAUGCGCCGCGGUAGACAGACCAGCUCAUUCCCGUUCACAACCGCCUCCGCCGUCAUCCGAACUUCCGGUGCUCACUGCACUUCCGGUACUUCCUGCACUUCCUGUGCCCCCACCGCCGCCACCGCCAUCACAUCAGAUGACGCUCGGGCGACUCGCCGCAUCCAAGCCCGUUCUGCCACGGUCCAGCGCCAAGGAAUUGUCGCAGGCUGUCACCUCUGUCACACCGGUUAAGACGUUUACAUGCAAUCAUUGCGGAAAAGUGUUCUACGCCCAUUACAACCUGACGAGACACAUGCCUGUCCACACAGGCGCUCGGCCGUUUAUUUGCAAGGUGUGCGGCAAAGGUUUCCGGCAAGCGUCCACGCUGUGCCGCCACAAGAUCAUACACACCGAAGAAAAGCCGCACACGUGCGCUAUUUGCGGCAAGGCGUUCAACAGGAGCUCGACGUUGAAUACGCAUACGCGGAUACACGCGGGGUACAAGCCGUACACGUGCGAAUACUGCGGCAAGGGAUUUCACCAAAAGGGCAACUACAAGAAUCACAAACUCACGCAUAGUGUGGAAAAAGCGUAUAAGUGCACCGUGUGCCACAAAGCUUUCCAUCAGGUGUACAACCUGACGUUCCACAUGCACACGCACAACGACAAGAAGCCAUUCACAUGUCACGUUUGCGGCAAAGGGUUUUGCCGGAACUUCGACCUCAAGAAACACUUGCGCAAACUCCACGACGCCCCUUAUCCGCAGCACCAGCCGGCAGCGGUCGCGCCGCAAGCCACUGCAGCCGCGCUGACGGCGCAACCGCCUUUGCCGCCGCCGCCGCAGAACAUCCGCCACGGCCUCGGCACGUGCGUGCCACCGUUCCAGCCGGUCCAGGCCGGAUCCCACAGGAACGCGAUCAUGUCACACAACUCGCCGCACCGUUACUGAUUCCCGACGGAGGCUGGUUAGGUGAGGCUGUCGUCCGUCGAGCGAAUUUUUACUUGUAUAAUAAUAAUAUUAUCGCGUAUACAAAAUACUUGUAUGUUUUACGUGUAACACGCCCAAAGACCGUAAUGAUAAUAUUAUAUGAUAACGUAUAUUAUUAUUAUUAUGGUUACCUCUAUUGAUAAUAUUAUCUAUUUUUCUUAUUAUAAUAUAUCUAUUGUCGACGUUUUUGUCCUGAAUUCGAUACCUCGUGUUUUCUGAACGAAUAAUAAUAUGAUGUUUGGUCUAGUCCCGUUUUUUAACGUAUAGGUGUAGUCUCUUUAUCCAGUAACCAUCGUAACCGCGGUUAUUAUACUUUUAGUUUUUACUUAUACUUAGGGGGUGGUUCGGAGCUUGUUGCACCGAAUAUGAUAAAAACGUGCAAGCGAGCAUACAGUUAAAGCUAUCGAAAUAUGCUUGAAAAAAUGCAGCUAAGAGAUGUAAGAUUUGUAUAAGUAUUUUUUGUUUUUCUUAACUGCAUAGAUGAUGUAAAUACAAAUUGUUGUGUAAUUUUAAUCUGAUCUUGUUGACGCUGUUCCGCUGUUUUAUGUUUUUCUGUUUUUAAAUAUUGUGUGACAAUAAAUCACCUAAUCGAUACCUGUUCAAGAUAUGAUAUUAUUAUUUUAUUGCGCUGCGAUAUUUCGCGAUCACAACUCGGUGACCUUUGCCUGCGAUAAGCUCGUACAGCUCCAACACCGACAUAUAACAAAAAAAUAAAAAAUGAGUUUUUGUAUCGCGAUCGACGUGUGAGAUGUCACCGCCGUCGUGAGCCGUUUGUGUCGGUAAGCACCAGGGGCGUAUCCAGGAAUUUUUCAAAGGGGGGUUGCACAUUUUUUUUAACUUAUAAAAAGUAUUACGCAAUCAGUGGUUUGCACCUUAACGAUUUUAAAUUCUGUCAAUCAAUGGCAGGAGUUCAGACCCUAUCCUUGCCCUACCGGUAAGCACGUUCUUUGUCUUUUUUCGUGCAACCGUGGCUGUUCACGCGCGGCAACUGCAACUGUUAUAGAGGUACCUAUAAGUACUUAUCCAGCGGCAACCGCGGAACAGUGGCGAGCUGAAGCCAUUGAAUUCUAUAUAAUAACUGGAAUGCUUGCCAAGCAGUGUCGCCCGAAAGAGAUUGCGCACACAAAAGGCGUUGCUAUCUUUGUCUUACUCGUGACUCUAAUAUAUUAAAUUCAUUUACCACGAUAUUGUUUUAAUUUGGUUCUUAAAAUUAAAAGCUCAAUUAAAUAUAAAAAGUAUUGGACACGCAAUUUCUAUUUGAUUAUAUAAUAUUAUAACACACAAAAUAACUUUGUAAACAUAUCAAUAUAUAUGUUACCAAUUUUAUACGUAUAACUCAGAUUACGCAUGUGGUUAAAUAAAAUAAGUUUGUUUAAUUUAUGCUUAAGGGAUGACUUUUAAACUUGUUUAUGUUGCGUCUGUUGUUGACACUGUGUAUCGUGUAUGCACUUUGAAAGUACAAUAACAAAAAAAUAAGCAUUUUAUGAUUGUCAUUUUUUGUAAUUCUAAAGUGCAUAACUGGGUGUAUUGUGUAUAGGAUUUAUAUUUUUUACUCGAUCGAAAAAUUGUCUUUGAAAUUUUAAUAUAAUAUAUAUUUUUAAACUUAGAACAAAAUACAAAACGUUAAACGAACAACAUUUUAUUGAUAAGUAAUAUCAUUGAUUAUAAAUACUAGUAAAAAACGCUUACCAAGUCAGAGAUCGGCAUGUAAACUUUCUUGAUUUUCAAUUUUUAGAAAUGUAUUAAUUGUAUGCAAUAGGUAUGUAUAAUGUAUUUUAUUUUCAUUUUCAUUUAGUAAGAUAGAUCUCUGAAACCGGAAAGCGGAUUUUGUUGUUUGGGGUCUUGUUAGAUUCACGUUGGCUAGGAGAAGUGCAGUGAAGAUUUUCAGAACUUUAUCUUUUAUAGUUAAUUCACUACAGAGCUUCAAAAAAAAAAUUAAAACAAAUUUUAUUGGGUGCUUUUUAUAUUUUUCAGCUUUAUAGUUUUGUAAUGAGUUAACGAUUGAAGAUAAAGUUCUAAAAAUCUUUACAGCACUUUUCUUAGCCAAUGUGAAUCUAACAAGACCCCAAAUAACAAAAUCCGUUCUCCAGUUUCGGUAAUCUACCACGCUAAAUGAAAAUCUAGCAAAAAAUAACUAUUUUUUUAAUUGUGAAAAAUUAAAUAUUUUUUUUUGAAAAUUUUUAAUCUUACAUUUUGUAUCUACUCGAUAAUCCCUUUUUAAUGAGCUAUCAACCAACUUUUUAGCUAUAAUAGUUUUGGAGAAAAGUUAAAAAAUAGAAAUUUUGGGACUGUUUACGUCGACGUUUUUGUGGAUUCAAAUCGUUAUACCGCUUUGGGAUGAUAUUGGAUCUCUUAUUAAUAUUUUAUGUUAAAGUUAGCCUAAUUAUCCACUUACUCAUUAUAUCUGAGUUACAUUUUUAUCAUUUUCCUAUUUAACAAAAAUUCUGGAAGUUCUAAAAAUUCAGACUUUUUUAAUUUCAAUUACCAGGCUAACUUGAUUAAAAAUCAAGAAAUUAAAAAUAAAUAUAAAUAAAUACUAGUAUUUAUAAUAAUCAAUGGUAAUAUUAUGUAUUAGAAUAUAUGAUAAAAAAAUAUAGCGCUGCCGUUCUUAUCUGCUGUCUUUUUCUUACACGCUCUUUCGGUUAUAUUUACAUUAGUCUUAUGGCAGGAGAGCAUUCCAGUUGUCAUAUGAAGUUUAAUGGCUGAAGUACCCAUAGACCUUAUACUAAGUAUUCUAGUAUAAGGUCUAUGGAAGCACCGUAAUAUUAGCAUUGUUCAUUUUUUUUUUUUUAUAUGUUUGAUAAUCCUGAUAUUAUCACGUUAGAAAUUAUUAUUAUUCAUUAUUCAUCUGGACGUCCGUCUUUGUUAUUUUAAAUUUGUAUAGUUGUGUGAUAUUCAUUUAUUUUUAUUAUUUAUUGUUACACGAAAGUGCGUAAAAUUAUCAGAUUAUAUUAUUUAUUCGGUCACUCGCUCCCCGUACAAAAUAAUAUAAACUUCUGGGUUGUUUAAAUUUCCAUUCUAGGCCGCCGCCUACGUAGGAACUUGGUGAAAAAAUACCUACUCUUGUUUCGCACAGAUUACAGAAUAAAAUAACUCCAUCGGUAUAACACAAAUUUUCUCCGAACUCGGUUAACAACUCUUAUGUCUUAUACGAUUAUUAUUUGGUAUUUUAGGCAUUUUUAAACUCACAAAAUAAAAUAACAGUUGGCAAGUAUACAAUACUGCUUUAUCCUCAUGAUUGAUGUUAUAAGAGGUUCGGCUAAGUAGACCGUAUUUAUUUUACAAAAUUACAACAAUUAAUAAAUUAUACAUACAUAUAGAGACAUACCUACUGACAAAUAACAAUCCUACUUUUGAAUGUGUAUCUAAUAAGUAACUGAAAUCUGGAAUUGGGAUUAAACAAAAUUGUUCCUGUCACGAAUUAAAUAAGAAAAUAAGAAAAUAUAAGUUUAUGGCAAGGGAACAAAAUCAUACCUAUAUAAAUGUAAUAUAAUAGUAUUUACGUAACACGGUAUUACGCAAACAUGUACUAAAAUGUAAAGUUCUUCGCAUUGAAAAUAAAUUUCUAAAAUCGAAUUCGAAUUAUGAAUUUACAUAUAUAGGUAUGUGAGUACCAAUUAUUUAAUAAAAAGUAUCUUAAGGUAUUCUCGAAUAAAUGUUUUGUUUUUAAAUUUGUAAAUUUUUAACAUCAGGAGAUUUUAUAGUCCAGAAAAAAAAAACAUUAUUUUAUAGAUACUUUUCAGAUGAAGUAAAUAACUGUAUUUUGUAACUUAAAUUAUAAAUAGAUAUAGCUCCAUUUAAUGUUGAAUAUUUACA